CUAAAACCUCGCAAUUCUUUACUCAUCCUGCACCAAAUCUCUUUGAUUUGAUUACCUUUUUACCCUAAUUACAUUUCUGCUUUUACGCAACGUCGCUCGAAAUCCGUCUGCCGACUGCUAAUGUAAUCGGUGCCGCAAAUUUAGUUAGGGUUCUAACAGUAAUGGAGAGCUUUAGUUUCGGUCUUCGGCAAUUAGUUAAAUUGUUAAGAUUUGACGCAAAUCCUGUUUCAGAUGCAGUUAUGCACAGACGCAACGAAGAAGUGAUCUUUACCGAUCACCUGGUUGUUAAAUUGCCGCUGAAGACCCAAUUUCCCAACGCAGACUUUAAUAGAUUUAAUGAACACAUGCCCAGAUUUCUUAUUGAGUUUGCUACUUUAAGCAACUCUGGUCUUCGCUUCUAAGAAAUCUUUUUUUUGUUUCCAAUUCAAGGAAAUCAGCAGCCAACAAAUAGUUUUUUUUUUUUCUUUUUUUCUAUUGGAAACUAUGAGAUGGUUUGAUUAGGUAACCAUAUCUAUGAGUUUCCUUAGCAAGAUAAGAAAGGCUAUGGGGAAGUGUCACUUGAGCCGGCCAGCCACUCUUCCAACGGCGCCGAUGGGAGUGCGCUUAUAUGUUCUUGAUCGAUAUGUGGUGAUAGAUAACGGUAUCAUGAAGCUCACUUUGUCGAAGCCUGAAGGGAUUGUAACUGGAGUUCAGUACAAUGGGGUUGAUAAUCUGUUGGAGAUACUUAACAAGGAAGAUAAUAGAGGGUAUGAUGCAGUAUUGAUCUUGGUGAUCUUGUAUAUCAACCUCCAAGAGCUGGUCCUACUCUUUGGGAGAUCGGAUACCCUGACCGCUCUGCUGUUGAGUUCUAUGUCCCAGAUCCUAAACCUGAUUAUGUAAACAGGCUUUAUCUGAAUCAUCCUGAUAGAUUUAGGCAAUAUGGACUUUGGGAAAGAUAUGCUGAUUUAUAUCCUGACAGUGAUCUUAUUUAUAGUGUUGGUACCAGUGACUUCACCAAGGAUUGGUUCUUUGCCCAGGUAACCAGGAGAAACGACCAGAACGCUUAUUCACCAACCACUUGGCAGAUUAAAUUCAAACUCGACCAUGUCAAUCAAACUGGAUCAUACAUGAUGCGAGUCGCAAUAGCAUCUGCUACUCUCUCUGAACUGCAAGUUCGAUUCAACGAUUCUGAAGCUAAAGCUCCGCACUUCUCUACUGGACUCAUUGGGAGAGACAACUCUAUAGCUAGGCAUGGAAUCCAUGGGCUGUAUUGGUUAUUCAAUAUUGUGGUGCAGAAUAGUUGGCUGAUUGAGGGAGAGAACACAAUUUUCCUCACACAGGCAAGAAGCUUGAGCCCUUUUCAAGGAAUAAUGUAUGAUUACAUUCGGCUUGAAGAGCCAUGCAACUAUAGUUCUGAGAAAAGCAUUUCUCCCUGAACUUGGAAAUGGCUUUCAUAUAUAUAUAAAUAUAAAAUACAUUAGAAAUAAGUAGCACAUCACUGAAAUUGAAUGGUUUUAGUUGCAUGGAUAUCUGUAGAUGAAACUUUACAUAUUUAGAAAUAAAUGUAAAGAUUAUUGUUAUAACAGGAUAAUGUUUUCAUUUAUUUU